AUGAGCUCGUCGUCAAAUCAAACGGCAAGCUCCGGAGCUCCAGGAGCUCCUCCAGUCGGAGGUGGAGGUGGAGGCCCCGCCCACAACAAUACUGUAACAUCAGAAUACUCGACGACAUCACAAACGACGCAAAGCACGUAUCAGACGGAUGUGACGAGUAUGAUGGGCGGUUCGACGGUCUCGUCAAUCACCCCAUCCCAAGCGUUAUCCCAUCAAGGCACCGUCACUUCAAUGGCUCCGCCCCCUACACCCACUCCGACGGUGGCCCCGCCCACUCACCCACCUGUCUCAUCACCGAUAGCGGCGGCGGCGGCUGCGUCGGCGGCUCUCGUUGCUCAAUUGAAUCCGGCGGAUCGGUGGCCGACUGAAGCGUCUGCUUAUAAGUUGGAUGAGUCUAUUGGUGUUGGAGCGACUGCCACCGUUUUUACGGCGUACUGCCUACCGCGUAACGAGAAAGUGGCGAUCAAAUGCAUCAAUCUAGAAAAGUGUCAAACGUCGGUGGACGAGUUGAGUCACGAGAUUCAAGCAAUGUCUCAGUGUAAUCAUCCGAACGUCGUCAACUACUACACCUCAUUCAUCGCCCAAGAAGAGUUGUGGGUGGUGAUGCGUCUGUUGAAUUGUGGCUCAAUGUUGGAUAUAUUGAAGCGAAAAGUCAAAGCGAUUGGGAAAGAGCAAGCACAGUUUGGAGUGCUCGACGAGGUGUCGAUUGCGACGGUUUUGAGAGAAGUGUUGAAAGGAUUGGAGUAUUUCCAUUUGAACGGACAGAUUCAUAGAGAUAUAAAGGCUGGAAAUAUAUUGUUGGCUGAUGAUGGGACUAUACAAAUUGCUGAUUUUGGAGUAUCCGGGUGGUUGGCUUCGUCUGGUGGCGAUUUGUCACGGCAGAAAGUCCGCCACACAUUCGUCGGUACCCCAUGCUGGAUGGCACCAGAAGUGAUGGAACAAGUACAAGGAUACGACUUCAAAGCGGACAUAUGGUCACUGGGAAUUCUGGCGAUCGAGUUGGCGACAGGCACCGCCCCCUAUCAUAAGUAUCCACCGAUGAAAGUGCUCAUGUUGACACUUCAAAACGAUCCGCCCACUUUGGAGACGAAUGCGGAACGGAAGGAUCAGUAUAAGGCGUACGGAAAGUCGUUUAAGACGUUGAUUAAGGAUUGUUUGCAGAAAGACCCAGCAAAACGGCCAACCGCAUCGGAGCUCCUCAAAUACUCGUUCUUUAAAAAGGGCAAAGAUAAGAAGUAUUUGGUUCACACGCUCAUUGAAAACCUUGCCUCCGUCCCAGUUGUUUCCCAUCACUCGUCGAAAAAAGUGGCGUCUGGAAAGCUUCGGAAAGAUGCUCACGGAAAUUGGGAGUUCGAAUAUGACUCCCCUCAGGAGAGUGAGGAUUCAGAUGAAGACGAUGAGGAGAGAGAGAAGAAGAAGAAAGAGCUAGUGGCUCCGAGUGCUCAACAACAGAGAGACGCCCCGUUGGAAGCGACGGAGACGUUGAAUUUGGUGUUGAGAGUGAGAAAUCAGCAGAGAGAGUUGAAUGAUAUCAAGUUUGAUUACACGAAGUCUGCGGAUUCGGUGGAAGGAAUCGCGCACGAACUUGUGACCGCCGAAUUGAUAGACUGUCACGAUUUGGUCAUCGUCGCCGCGAAUCUCCAAAAACUGAUUGACAACGCGGAUCCGAAGUCUGGAAAACGAUCGAUCACGUUUGCGCUGAAUUCUGGAGUUCAUGCGAAUGAGGUAUACAAACUUUUUGUCUGA